AUGGAAACAACAAAGAUAAUUUCUGAUACAAAUACAAAUAUUAUAACAAAAAAUGAAGAAAAAAAUAAAGCUGUAAAUAAGGGAAAUAAUGAUGAUAAUGAUAAAAAAAAAAAUUAUGAUAAAGUAAUUGAAGAAAUAAAAAUAGAAAAUAAAAAUUGUUAUAUAUCAAAAAUAAGCGAACCAUUAUUGAAAAAAAAGUAUUAUAAAAAUUUUUUAAAAGUACUAGAUUAUGCAUAUUAUGCUAAAGUAGGUGCAUCUCAUGUGAUAAAAACAAAUACAAACUUACAAGAAGAAAGAAAAAAAAUAUUAAAAACAAAAUUUAUAGUUAUUGGAUUAAAUCAAGUAAUAAAAGCUAUAAGAAAAGGAUUUCAAGGUAUAGUUAUUUUAGCAGUAGAUAUAUUUCCUAUUAAUAUAAUAUGCCAUCUACCUGCAUUUUGUGAAGAAUCAAAUAUUCCUUAUACUUUUGUUACAACAAAAAAUAAAUUAGCUCAUCUAUGUAAAUUAAAAAGGUCAAUUACCUGUUUAUUUAUUUUCAAACCAAAUGACGAAAUUUCCAAAUUUGAGGAAACGAUAAAUGAGUAUAACCAUAAACAAAAAAUUGUUAAUUAUAAAAAGUUAUACGAUAAAUUAUUAAAAGGAGUUAAAAAAAAUCAUCCUUUUUUUCAGUCAUAA